GGACCGGGACGCGAGGAGUGGCGGAGAGGGGGGGAGCGGGGCGGGUGCACGAAGGGCGACUGGAAGUGCGUUCGUGCGCGCGCGCCUGGGAGAGUGCGCCGAGGAGGAAAAACGGGUCGAGGAGCGAGCACGGAGGAGGGAGAGAGGUGGAGCAGCCAAGAGACGGGACAGCCGCAUCUGUUGACUUUGCAUCGUCUGGAGACCGAGGCGCACACACCGAGACCGAGGCCCGCGAUUCCCUGAGGAUUUUUAAAUGGUUGACUUUUGGCUGGAAAUGUGAGAGAAGAGCUGAAGAAAAGGAAAACGAUCUGACGGAACCAUGGCCAACAGCACCGGCGCCAUACACCCGAGUAACCUCCCGUGGCACCCGGGCGCCGCGCUCGUCCCCCGGGUCGCCCUGCAGGUCCAGGAGGUCUACCCGUUCCACGACGGCUGGAACGUGGCCUGCUUCGUCAUCCUGCUGCUCUUCAUCCUCACCGUGGUGUCUCUGGCCGCGCUGGCCGUGCUCUACGAGCUGCUGGACUGCGGGUGCUGCGCCAAAGGGAAGACACAACACGAGCUGCGGGAGGAGGGGCCGGGCGGCUGCAGCCAGCUAAUGACCAGCAUGUGCAAGGAGCCGGAUUCCCGCACAGAGGUGGUGUAGGGGGACGUGGGGAGGGGGUAGAAGAGGUCGGAGGAUGAGGAGGAGUCGGUAUUCAGGUCUCUGACCUGGGUUCUGCCACAGCGUUCACCCCAGAUGCCCUGAGGAAAAGGACUUUGGAUAACAGUGCUACUAGUGGUUCAGUUGCUGAGGGUGAGGAGGUCACAGAACGACGUAACAAAAAAAUAAAAAAGAAGGGGCAUCAGUUGGCAACUCAUUUGGGAAAGUCUAAUUAGCUGUUUUAUUUUGGUCAGGAUGGAAUGUUUAGACAUCUACACUCACUGCCACGUGGACCCUGAAAGCCACACUUUUUACGCCAGAAACAGACCAUUCGUGUAAAAAUAGUUCUCAUAGGGUGGCGUGUUCGUAUGACCAGAUAUCAGCUAAGGGAACAGUAUUCUUGUACUUUGACAUGCGAGUCCUGUGUGCGCUGCACUUAUCCGGCUGCUAAUGCGAUUCUAAGGAAUAUGGUAAAUUAUUGUUUAUGGCUAGAAAAUGAAAGACAUCCCCGGUUUCCCAUCAGGACAAAACAAAAGAUCAAACAUACUUGGACAACAUUGUUGCUUUGAUCAAAUCCUGCAGUUCUCUGUUCUCUGGUUAAUUGUACACCGCUGUUGUCAACAUGUUUAGCUUUGCAACAUUAGCUCAUGACACUUGGUUGCCGCACAGUGAUGUAAAUUCAUCGUGCCAUCUCGAGCACAACGUAUGGUUUUAAUAAAUUGCUGCUGAAAUAUG